AUGCAGAAACCAAACGCUGUGGGCAUAAUGUGCGGUUAUUUUGGACCCUCUUUCAUGCGCGCUGCAUGCAGCUACGUGGUGUUGGCCAGCGGCGGGCCUCACAAACUCAUACGCAAAUCGAGGAAGGUCACCGGUGUCAAUACACAUGAAACGGACCGGGAUCACAGAGAGUCGGAGACUGAAGAUUGUACCUUCUUGAUCCUGAGUCAAGAGGGUAAUCAGCUACAGCAUGGCAUAUUACCACGACAGCAAACUUCGCCUGGCGAAAUGAUCAUCUUGGAUGUGUCGUGGAGAGCGGACGAAACAAAGAACAAGACGGUUGAGGUUCUCUUCUACGCCCAGCGCGCACAGCCAACACGGACAAAAUUGUCCAAUGAAUUCUUCACCACCCCGUCUCUCGCGAUGGAUGAAUGUUGCGUGAUAGCACGGAUCGUAUUGAAGCACCCAGCAGAGUAUAUUCUGAGCAAAUUUUUAUAUAUGAUCUCGAACGAUACUGCCCGUGAUGACCUUUUCCCUCCCUUGGAGAUGUUCGGGUUGGUAUUUACGCCCUUCCGGACUGCUGGCUUCGUGCACGACGAAACCGCGCAUUGUUUCCCUUUAAGCUUCACCGUCGCACGUCGCCUUUACCACGGCCUAUUAACCCUGCCGCAACGAUCACCCUUCAGCGACCGGUCCCUUGGUGGUAUCAGCCAUAACUUCAGGAAGCGAAGGUAA